AUGCUGGUGCGAUCGGGCACUGUCGCCACUCGCGGCGCCACCAUCGCCUUUGCCGUGCGCGGUGCGACUGCGGGUAUCCCCGUCCUGCUGAUUGCGCCCGGCGGCAUGCGCUCCUCCAUUGGGAUGUGGCGCGCACAGCCGUGGGACGCGUGGAGCCGCCUCGGCGACGAGGACUUCACCGUGGUCGCCAUGGAUCAGCGGAACGCAGGAGACUCCUCCGGGCCGGUGGACGCAGCGGCCGGCUGGGACGCGUUCGCCGAGGACCAGAUUGCCGUGCUCGACCACCUCGGGAUCGGUCGCUGCUUGCUCAUCGGCCAGUGUAUCGGGCCGUCGUACAUCUUUCGGCUGCUGCGUCACUCGCCGGAGCGCUUCAGCGGCGCGCUGAUGCUGCAGCCCAUCGGCGUGGCGGAGCACACGACGGAGGCAGGCGGGUGGGAGGGCACCAACGCCGCCUCCACGCGCGACUGGUUCGGUGCGUGGGCGCAGGAGAUGUGCUCCGCCGGCCGCGCGACCGACGCCGAGCUGCAGCGGCUGCACGGAGCGAUGUUCGAGAGCGGCACCGAAGAGUUCGUCUUUUCCGCGUCGCGCGAGGAGGUCUCCGCGGUGCAGACGCCGCUGCUCGUGACCGCCGGCCACGGCCGGAAAGACAUCUACCACCCCGCCGAGGUGGCGAGGGAGGUGGCGCGCCUUGCACCGAACUCCGAGCUGCUCGAGCGGUGGCGCGACGGCGACUUCUCGGAGGCCGUGGCGGCGCGCUUCAUCGCCUUCCUUCGCCGGCACGCGCCGCCGCCGGAGACGCGCUGGGCCUCACUCGAGCCUUGA